AUGGUAAUACUAGCAAUGACUGCUAUUGUCGGUGCGGGUUUCGGGGGAUGUUCAACGGCUUACUUUCUUCGGUAUCUAUUUGGCAACACCUUGGGAAUAAGGAUUUUUGAAUGUUCAAAUCAUAUCGGCGGUCGUGUUCGAGCUAUUGAGUAUAACAAUGGAAAGGAGUUGUACGAAUCUGGAGGUGCGAUAUUCACAUCAAACCACAAAUAUAUGCGCAUGCUCGCAAAAGAUUUUCUUUUACCUUCUCACUAUACUAUUGUUACAGAUCUCGAAGUGUUUCAACAUCCUCCAUCAGAUGAUGCGUUGUGUCUAUAUAAAGGACCCGCUUCUCCUCCAGCUUGGUUUACCAAGGAUGGACCACUUUUCUUUAAUAGACUUCUUUUCGCAAUGAAAUACUGCUUAGACUUAUGUGUAUUCAAAGUUAGAGUCAGUCGACACGUGGAGGAGUUCGGGCAAAUAUAUGAGCUUCAAAAGAGGAGAGAGGCAUUUGAUAGCCCAGUACGAAUGCUCGAAGCUAUCUCCUCGAAGUUCGUGUCGAUGCUGUCAACAUCGUUCGGCAAGUGGUUGGAUAUGGACCUCAAGCUAUCAAAGAAGUUCUGCAAUGAUGUGGCCUAUGGAAUGGUUGCUAACUGCUUUUGCUCAGAUCUGACGGUGCAUGCAUUUGCAGGUAUGACUGCAUGCAGUGGUUUUGGUGCAUCGCUGUAUUCGAUCGUUGGAGGGAACGAACAAAUAGCUCGGAAUCUUGCUUCGCGCGCUCUUAAUUCCAAUCCACCAGGCAUUCCACGCGAAGUCUCGUUGAAUACACCAGUCACUAAGAUUUCUAGAGGAUCGCAGAGAAGGUAUCGUUUGACCUACGAGGAGAAGGAUAGUGGGAGCGAAAAGAGCGAGGAGUUCGACUAUGUGGUGUUGGCCUUCCCGCUACACGAGGAAUCAGGGAUUGAAGCAGAUCUGGAUAUUGCCAAAGUUCUUCCAAAGGCGAAACCUUACAAGAAGGUGAACUUCAUUCAUUUCCAUGGUGAUUUGAGCGGAGAGAUGUUUUCCCUUCCAGGAGAUAAAUUGAAAGAUGGUGGUCAGAGUGGUGUUACAAUCUUACCCACAGAGGAAGGAUAUGCGUCGAAUGGAAGUACUCUUUUCAAAUACCUCGGUCGUGCUUGGUCCAGCGCUCCCAAGGUGGAGGGCGACAAGGCUAUUGGAUGUUUUUCAGCCUUUUCUGUUUCCGGCCGAACUCCUAACCCCGAAGUUGAAAUACCACAAAAGUAUGCGCUUCCUGGGUGGAAACUCGUCAAUUCUACUACGUGGUAUGCGUAUCCACAUUUUGCAUGGCAGAGGGCUGAGAACCUGGAGAGUGGGUUCUCCAAAUUUGUUCUUGCAGAUGGGUUGAUCUACGUGAAUGCCAUGGAGGAGGUGGCAUCUAAUAUGGAGCUAGCCAUAAUUAGUGGAUGUAAUGCAGCACUUCUAAUUGCUCAGGACCAGAUUCCCCCAUUGGAGGAGACACCCUAG